AUGUGCGUCCGUGCAAGUCAAGCCAGGUCACCCUUGUGCUCAUCGAACAAGUUGGUGUCCAGCACUGUGGUGCUGGGUGUCGUUGUCGUCGACCCUCUCAUCCCACCGGGGGCUUGCCUGGCUGGUGAUGACACCAAGAAGGUCGGCACAUACUUCGCUUCUCGCUGCAAAACGGUUCCAUGUUUCGUCGCAGUCGACACUUCUAUUAGCAGCAAGACAGUCGUCGGCCUUGUUUUGAUGCACAUCCCUGCUUCCGAUCUCGAUGAAGAAGUUGAGAAGGCCAUCGAUGAGCUCAUGCCAGAUCCGAGCAAGAAAAAGAAGAAUAAAGUUAUUGGUUACAUAGCCUACGUUAUAGUAGCUAAAGAUAGACAGGGGGAAAGAAUAGGGACGAAACUCCUCGAGGAGACCUUCCACGAAGUAAGAAUAUUCCGUAAUUCCAAUUACUAA